GCAAAUACAGUGGAGGUCAGACCGGCUAAGAAAUCAUUAACAUUCUAUAACAAAGUAUUGUUAAAGGCGGUUUCGUCUUUCGCUUCCUAUCCUUCUACAGUAUCACUUUUUAAAAGCAUUUCGCGUACAUGUAGCAAGGCACGGACCAUGGCCCGACAAAUACACAACGACAUCGUUCGAUACAUCGUCCUGAUAAUAUGGAUGGGUAUCAAUAUCUUCCUCUUUGCCAAGACUUACUACGAUCUUACAACUACGAAAGAGAACAUGUACCUAAACAAACUAGUGAAGUUUGGAUUGGCUCUUGCGCGUGCUCCAGCGGCUGUUCUCAACUUCAACUGUAUGCUGAUCCUACUUACGAUGUGUCGGAAUCUCUUGUCGUUCAUUCGCGGAACGUUCAAGUGUAGCACGUCUGUCUUACGUCUACUUGACAAGAACAUAAGUUUCCACAAGUACAUUGCGUACAUGAUUUGUUUACAGACAGUCAUCCACUGUGUGGCACAUAUCUUUAACGUGGAGUUUCUCAUCAUGGCCUGGAGUAAAGGAGGAAUUUAUAGUAAACUGUGUCAGUUGGACGACUCAGGCAACGAAACCUACAUCAACCCUAUACGAGACCCCAAAGCGAAYCCCAUUGCUGUUUUAUGGACUUUAGCUGCUGGAGUGACAGGAGCAGUCAUCACUUUGGCUCUGAUACUGAUGAUAUCUUCGUCAACUGAAUUGAUCAGACGGUCGUAUUUUGAGGUGUUUUGGUACAAUCAUCAUUAYUUUGUGAUAUUUUACAUUGGGCUUGUCAUCCACGGCAUACAAGGCGUGAUAAGAUACCAAUCAAACGUAGAUGAACACGACCCUGAGGUCUGCAUGGAUCCAAAACUCUGGUUCAAACACAAGAAAUGCAUGAAACCUCCAAAGUUUGUUCCGUUUGGCAUGAAUACGUGGAAGUGGAUUGUUGGUCCAAUGUUCUUGAUUGUCGUCGAGAGACUGAUUCGUUUGUAUCGUUCAAAGCAGCCCAUCCAAAUUAUCAAAGUUGUCAAGCAUCCAUCGAAUGUCAUCCAGAUCAAAAUGAAGAAAAAAGGCUUCAAACAGGAAGCAGGGCAGUACAUAUUCCUUCAGUGUCCUGCCAUCUCGAGACUUGAGUGGCAUCCAUUCACCCUCACCUCGGCCCCAGAGGAGGAGUGUUUUUCCGUCCACAUYCGUCUGGUAGGAGACUGGACGCGCUCACUUGCAAAACUAUGCGGCUGCGAUGGYUAUGAGUUACUCAAUGUGGACGACAUGCCAAAGCUCGCAGUGGAUGGUCCUUUUGGUACCUCGAGUGAGGAUGUUUUCCACCCCAAGUAUUCAGUGUGUGUGUUGGUAGGAGCUGGUAUAGGUGUCACGCCAUUUGCAUCGAUCCUUAAAUCAAUAUGGUAUCGCCACAGCAAGGCWGACACUGAGCUCAACGUCAAGAAAGUUUACUUCUUCUGGAUUUGUCCAGACACAAACGCGUUUGAAUGGUUUACUGACUUGUUGAAAAGCCUUGAGGACCAGAUGAACGAAUGCAACAAUAAAGACUUUAUCGAGUACAAUAUUUUCCUGACAAGAGGCUGGGGACCAAAUAUGGCACGUGACCUWUAUCUUCGUGAAGACCAGGACGUUGACCCGAUAACUCAACUACAACAAAAAACUCGUUAUGGUCGACCAGAAUGGAAUGGAAUAUUUGAGAAGAUUGCUAGGCAUCACCCUAGGACCAAUAUUGGUGUUUUCUUCUGUGGACCAGCCGUACUAUCUCACACUCUUCACAAGAUGGCUGACACACACAGUGAUAUCAGUACAGGCGCCAAAUUCUUUUAUAACAAAGAAAACUUCUAAUACGCCCGCUAUGGCCUGAGCGCGUCUGAUAUUUACAGCCUUUUGCAUAUACCUUGUCUCUUGUCGGACUCUAAACAAUCUUAACGAAUAGACCGCUAAGGAGUAUGGGUAUAUCAUGGUAACGAGGCUGCUAAGGAGUAUGUGUAUAUCAUGGUAACGAGGCUGCUAAGUCACAUUGAUUGCCUUCGUGUUUUCCACAAGGAUAACAAAUUAAGUUGCUGUGUAUCAAUAUAUUGUUAGGAUUUUAUUUAUUUUCAUGUUUCAUCGUUGAAAGAUUUCUAUCCCAUAAUCCUUAGUGGGCCCGUAGUCGCCUAGSGCUGAGGCCGAUCAUCGCGACAACGCUGGGCAAAAGUCCUCUCAUCACUAUCGACGUUCUGAUUGGAUAAUUUGACCUGUCAAUCAUACAAACAGUUAAUGGUGAAUAGUGGUUUUGAACCUAGACCGAAAAUCCUACUGAACUCUGGAUGAUUACAGUCAAAGUUGUUGUCUAGAUAUUGUCUGGCAUAUUGUUAUAACGAGCAUACAACGUCUUAUGCAUAAAGAACAAUAUUCCGGACAUCGAAAUUCAUGUAAUAUGACACUGCAGYCAUGAUAUAAAUUAAGGAGAUCAUGUAUGUCAAGUAUGAGAUGUAAAUUUUGUUCUGAAGCUUUGGUAGAAUAUAGUAAAGGCUUUUUAAUAAAUGCCCAUUCUCAUU